AUGAAGGCUCUGCACUCUGAUUCUUUCGAAUCGCUCGUCCUCCACUUCGCCGGGUUCGGGUUGCUUACCGUUGUGAACAACCUGUGGACCUGGGUGGCCGCCGGAGCCGCUGCCGGCAUCAGCCUCUGGAGAGUCCGCGCCUCCGCCACGCCGGCGACCAUCAGCCACCGUGUAUCCGACGAACCCCGGAUCACAAAUCACGACUCCAGCUCAUCAGGCGGGUCCAAGUCGACCGAAGAGCCGCCAGUUUGUUACGUUUCUCGUUGUACGAUAGAAUGCAAUGGCGCGCCUGCGGUCACUCGUGUGAGGUCGGGUUUGGCGUCCGCAUUCGACUCUGGUGCAUCUGCUGUGACUAAGGGGAAGUUUAUUGUCUACUAUGAGGAUGAUUGCCUGGUGGCGGAAGACGAUGACAGGGCGGCGAUGACAGAAUGUUUGGGAUGCAGCAGCGGCUGCGAUGGCGGUUGCAGAGGUAGAGAGUUGUGGUGGGCGAAAUGGGAGAAGAUGGUGAGAACGAGGAGCGGGGAGGCGGAGUGGUACGGGUAUCAGGAUUUGAGGGCCAUAGAUGGCAGCGUUGUUAGGCUGUGGGACGGCGGUCGUCCGAUAGGAGGAGGGAGGUGUGUCCGAGCUCAAGGUGUUGGCUUUGCAGGGUAG